AUGAUAAUACCACCACUUUCACUAGCUGAACGCCAAUUUAAUGGACCAACAUCUGAACCAAGAAGUGUUACAUGUGUACUUGGUCUUCGUCAACAUUAUGUAAAAUUACGUGAAAAUGAAAAAAAUCGAAAAUUAAUCGAUUUACUUGAUAAAUUAGAAUUUAAUCAAGUAGUUAUUUUUGUUAAAUCAGUACAACGCUGUACGGCUUUAUGCAAAUUAUUAACUGAACAAAAUUUUCCGGCUGUUGAAAUUCAUCGUGGAAUGCCUCAAGAAGAACGGUUAGCACGUUAUAAAGAAUUUAAAGAAUUUCAAACACGUAUUCUCGUUGCAACAAAUUUAUUUGGACGUGGCAUGGAUAUUGAACGUGUUAAUAUUGUAUUUAAUUAUGAUAUGCCAGAAGAUUCAGAUACUUAUCUUCAUCGAGUUGCUCGUGCCGGUCGUUUUGGUACAAAAGGUUUAGCUAUAACAUAUGUUGCCGAUGAAAGUGAUGCAACAAUUCUUAAUGAAGUUCAAAGUCGUUUUGAAGUACAAAUUACUGAAAUGCCCGAUGAAAUUGAUGUAGCUACAUACAUCGAAAAUCGUUAA